GACAAAAGCCGUAUCCUCUCUAGUCAAAACCAACAAAAAGCGGAAACAAAAGAAAUCGCAAAUUUCUAGAAACAAAUUUUGGUGAGCUGGGCAGAGAUACAGGCAUACAACGGACAGCUUUCACUGUUAACACCAUACACCUAACUCAGGAGGGCUGACAUGGCUUUGAAAAGAAUACAGAAGGAGCUACAUGACUUGCAAAGGGACCCUCCUGCUCAAUGCUCAGCUGGACCAGUUGGAGAGGACUUGUUUCAUUGGCAAGCCACAAUCAUGGGACCUACUGACAGCCCAUAUCAGGGAGGAGUGUUCUUCCUCACCAUCCACUUCCCAACAGACUAUCCCUUCAAACCACCAAAGGUAGCCUUCACAACAAAAAUCUAUCACCCAAACAUAAACAGUAAUGGUAGCAUCUGUCUGGACAUCCUGAGGUCACAGUGGUCGCCAGCACUUACAGUUUCAAAAGUUUUAUUGUCCAUAUGCUCUUUGCUAUGUGACCCAAACCCAGAUGACCCCCUAGUCCCAGACAUAGCACACAUCUACAAGCAGGACAAAGAAAAGUACAACAGAUUAGCAAGAGAUUGGACUCAAAAGUAUGCAAUGUAAAGGACUGAAGUUUGAGACAACGGAAGAGGUUUAAUCAAAUUAACUUCAUGGACACUUCUGAAAACAGUACUGUUGCCACCCCUCAUCCACACUGGUUCAAGAAGAAGUGUUGUAUAUGGGAAGCACUUUCUAUCCCCAAACUAACUGCUUUUAUGCUAUGAAGUCAUUAUUUUCCUUUUGUUUGACGUUCCCAAUGUUAUAUAACUUAUUAUUGAGUUAUUUCUGAGAUGACCCAUACAAAAAACAGACCAAUUAUGACUCCACCCCUUCCAUCUUAUAGUUUUUUUUCUCCUUUUAGAGAUUUUUAUUGUGUAGUAUAAAGCUAUACUGAAUCUAUUUUUAUUAUUUUGCAUUAAAAAGU